AUGAUAAAUAAAAAGGAUUACCUGGAAUUACCUUUCAAUAAAAUUAUAAUUUUUCCGUCAACUUUCUUCCACCAUGCGGGAUCAGGGUAGCGAUCAUGUAACUUUUUCCCUAGAGCGGAAACGUGAAAAGUGAAAAAUUUCAUGUAACUAUUUCUUUCUAUUGGUAUUGAAUAGAAAGAGAUAAACUUUUCACUUUUCACGUUCCGUCCUAGGGGAAAAGAUACAUGAUCGAUCCCCAGUGCUGUGCUGCUGUGAGACAAGGAUCACUGAUCCGGAUUAGUCUGGGGAAAUUUAGAAGUCUAGCGGUUGAGUGCCACUGCUCAGUCCGAUCAGCGAUCCGAUUAGUUAUCGUAAACACCCUCUGCUCUCUUUACAACUGACUGAAUUUUCACCGCAUAACCAUGUUACGUAUAUUUGGCGCCACAAACCCUAAAUGCGUCCUUAGCUGCCACUUCCAUCUGGCAUGUGCGCGCACUGAGAGUAAUAAGAGAUUUUCUGAGAAGCUAGUAGAUGGUCCGCAAUUUGAAGACUUCCUCAAGAAUGACGUUAAAGAGUACAAUGGCAAAUUAAAAUUGGACAUAGGUGAGUCAGGGCGGCUGAGAUUGCCACCAUGGUUAAAAACGGAGAUACCUAUGGGUAAGAGUUACAGUAGGAUAAAGGCACAACUGAAGCAAUUACGGCUAAGUACGGUCUGCGAGGAAGCCAGAUGUCCUAAUAUUGGGGAGUGCUGGGGCGGAGGUAGUCAUGGCACAGCAACAGCUACCAUUAUGUUGAUGGGAGAUACGUGCACUCGCGGCUGUCGUUUCUGCUCUGUCAAAACUGCACGUAAACCACCGCCGUUAGAUGCAGAGGAGCCAAUCAAUACCGCUAGCGCGAUAGUGGACUGGGGUUUGGAUUAUGUCGUUCUAACAUCCGUGGAUCGUGACGAUUUAAAGGAUGGUGGAGCUAGCCAUAUCGCAUCUACUGUCAAGGAAAUAAAAAAGAGGAGCAGUAUCCUAGUGGAAUGUCUAGUGCCAGAUUUCAGAGGCGAUGAAGAUUGUGUCGCUACGAUUGUGAAUUGUAAUCUGGACGUGUUCGCGCAUAACAUUGAAACCGUAGAACGUUUAACCCCCUUUGUUCGCGAUAUGCGCGCUCGAUAUAGGCAGUCGCUGGCCGUAUUGAAAGCAGCUAAGAAGUUCAAUCCCAAUUUAAUCACGAAAUCGUCGAUAAUGCUGGGACUGGGCGAAACCAACCAGGAAGUCGAACAGACUCUGCAGGAUCUAAGAGACGCUGGUGUGGAUGCUGUAACAUUGGGGCAGUACAUGCAACCUACCAAAAGACACUUAAAAGUCGUCGAAUAUGUAACACCUCAGAAAUUUAAAGCAUGGGAAAAUUUGGGAAAUCAACUAGGCUUCCUGUAUACCGCCAGCGGUCCAUUAGUCCGGUCAUCAUAUAAGGCCGGGGAAUAUUUCUUGGCAAAUAUACUAAAACAACGGAAGAAACAACAGAUUGAUAGUCACACUACAUCGUGAAUGGAAGCAAUGUAGAUGAAUGUUUAGCCAAGAUAUAUAAUAGGAAAUCAAUAUAAACAAUAUAAUAAAUUUACAGACAUUGCGAAAAGAAAAUCAUCGCAAUUUAGUGAUAGAAUGAUCUGAACAAUAACAUAUUACUAUUAAUGGAUUGAUAAUAAAUGUUUCGUCAUCUAUA